GGACACCUGCACUAAAGAGCCUUCUCUCUCUAUCCCUGGCGAACUCAACGGCAUGGACAUGAACAGAACCUGGUUUCUCAGCUGCUGCCUGCUGCUUCUCUUUGGCUUCCAGUGCUCCACGGCCCACCCCGUCGCAGACAGCCUCAGCCCCGCCAAGGAACUAGCCAGCAUGGAGGCACUGCUGGGGAGGCUGGAGGAGAAAGUGGCCCUGAUGGAGGACCUGCAGAGUGAUGCAGAUGUGGUCAUGGAGGAGCCCCAAGGCCAGGCGGAGGUCCCCGAGGAGAGCAGCGACGUCCAGCCGGAGCCCCGGGCAGAGUCCGGCCCCCUGCCCUCCUACAGGAGCUCCUGGCUCAAGCACAUGAGAGGGCUGCAGGCCCCCAAGAGCCUGAGAGAGUCUGGCUGUUUCGGCAGGAGGCUGGACAGGAUCGGGUCCAUGAGCGGAAUGGGAUGUAAAGGUAAGCCGACCCCCUCUGGUCUCACCAAACAGAAGCACCUCACAGACCUUGGAGAGCUGAGCCAGAUU